GGCGGCGCAGCACGACAACAAGCUGUAAACAAACUAAGCAGCUAAUUUGUUUGUACUAAUCAUAAUAGAAGCGAUCAUCAUGUCUCAAAACGUAAUUACAGUAUCCAGCCGUUUAACAAGUGGGAAGUAUACGCAAAAAAACUCCACCAUUCCACUUUCCUUGCUAACUCGCCGACGCUAGUUUGACGGACAUCUUUAAUAAUCAUUUCCCCAGGCGAAAGAAGCAUCGGUCUCAUUGGCUUAAAACGUGGAUACAAUAUAACGCAAAAUGGCAAAACUGGAGGGCUAUUGGUUCCUCUACGCACCAAGCCCAAUGCCAAAAGCUGCCACAUCGUCUUUAUGCGGGAGCACUUUAUUCAUCUGAUGGAUCCCAACAAACCCAAGGGACGCACACUCUUCCUGCUCAAUGUUCCGCCUUACGUGGCGAAGGACAGCCUGAAGUCGGUCUUCAGUCGGGCGGGAAGCAUUCAGGCCGUAGAGUUCGCCGUUAGGCCGGGAAAAGAGGAGACUACCAAAUGGUACGAGAGCACCGGGGAAACGUUCUCCUACACAGGCCCAUUCUUUAUCUUUAAGGUAGCCUACAUUGUGUUUGAGAAGGCCAGCAGCAUCAACAAGGCCCUGGCUUUGAGAAGCAUUGACCUCUUCAAUACCAGCGGGGAGUGCAUUGUCAAAACAGGCAUGGAGCUCUGGCAUGAGGAGUACGAUAAAAACUACAUUUUCGAGGCUGACAAGGCGAAGGUACAGAUCAGGAAACACAUGGCCGGGUACGACAAGAGGGAGCGAGCUGGGACGGAGGCGGCCAAGAGCGGAGAAUCUGAUGCCGACGGAUGGGUCACCGUAGGCAACGAGGGACGCAACGCUGGCUUUGAGCAAAAGGCCUCUCUGAUUGGACGCCUGGAACAAAAGGUGCCCACGGAAAACAAGUCCAAGGAACUGAAGAACUUUUACACCUUUCAGUCAGCAGUCGCGUCGGAAACGUCUCCUUCACUGCGUUGCAAACUUCUGACUGAAAUCGUAUUAUAAGGGGAUAAAGGGUUUGCUAGGGUACUGGGCGGUCUUCCGCGACGAGAUUCCAAGUCCAAUUUCACCUCGAAACACCUUGCCAUUUAUUUGAACAUCACCGUACACCAGCAGAUUCGUCUUUUUAAAUUCAUCAACAAAACAAGCCCAGCUGCCUGACAGUAAGAUCAGGACACACUACAAAGAAUAAGAUUUUCGACUAGUGAAACUCUUAGUCGAUCUGAGUACUAGGCUUAAGCCUAAAAACCGCGAGCUAACC